UUUUUGUGUUUUUAUUUUAUUUUAAAUUUAUUAUCAAUAUUUACAUUUACAGAAGGUUGAAUUAAAAUUCAAUUUAAACCAAAGUAAUACGUGUUAUAAUAGGGUGAGAGUAUUUGUAUGUCAGACGUUGAUACAGCUUCCGUGACAUCGCUGGGGUCAAGGCGACCUAAGAAGUAUCUUUGUGAUUUUGAUGGUUGUGAAAAAGCAUAUACAAGACCAUCAUUAUUGGAACAGCAUAAAAGAUCACAUACUGGUGAAAGACCAUUUGUUUGCAGUCAUGAAGGUUGUGAUAAGUCAUUUUUAAGAAAAUCGCAUCUUGAUGCCCAUGUCAUAUCUCAUAAUGAUGACGAGGCAAAACCAUUCCAUUGUUCUAUAUGUGGCAAAGGUGUUAAUACUCCACAACAUUUAAAGAGACAUGAAAUAACUCAUACCAAAUCAUUUGCUUGUACGUUUGAAGGUUGUACUGAGUCAUUUUAUAAACAUCAAUCCUUAAGACAUCAUGUUACAUCCUUUCAUGAAAAGUUAACCUGUCAAAUUUGUGAUAAACCAUUCAGUCGACCUUAUAGAUUGACUCAACAUAAUUUAAAAUAUCAUAGUGAAUCACCAGCAUAUCAAUGUGAUCAUUCAGGAUGUUUUUCAAGUUUUAAGACUUGGUCAGCUUUACAAUUUCAUAUUAAAACAGAACAUCCAAAAUUAAUCUGUGCCAUUUGUGGAAAAGGUUGUGUGGGUAAAAAGGGUCUUAAAUCUCAUAUGUUAAGUCAUGAUGAUGAUAAAAUGAUUAAGCUUUGGAAUUGUAAUUAUUGUCCUAGCAAAUACUCCAAGAAGAUUGAAUUGAUUGAACAUUAUAAUAACUUUCAUGAUGGUAAUAUUCCAGAUGAUUUAUUAACCCUACAAGAUAAAUUGAAAUUAGAUGCUCUAUUAAGUGAAACUGAUAAAAGUAUGAAUAAUGAUCUAGCUACUUUGGAUGAUUUAAAAAAUAAUGGAUAUGAAUCUGUUUCUGAAAGUGAAGAUGAAGAAGAAUUCGAUCAUAAAUCAGAUACACCUCAAUCUCAUACUUCAAUAGAUACUUUAAAUUCAAAAUUAAUGAAUGGUAAAGAUUCAAUUAUUGGAUUGAUUCUGAAAAAUUUCAGUAUGAGAAAAUUAAAAUGUCCAAAAAUGAAUUGUGAUCGGUCAUUUAGAAGAGAAUAUGAUUUAUCAAGACAUUUGAAAUGGCAUGAAGACCAUUUAAAGAAAAUUGAAGAAUUUUUAAAUUCAAUCGAUAACGAAAAGAAAGAAAAUAAUCAAGAUAUUAAAUCAGAUCUUUCUUUACCUGCUCCCAAAAGGACAAAAUUAUCAACCACCCUUAACGAUACGACUAACGACUCAGAUGAAGAUAACUUGGACGACCUUAUAGAUGUUGAACUUAGAAAGAUUAACGCUGGUGACAAGUUAAAAACUUUGUAAAAUUAUUAUGUACAUUAAUUAAAUUUACUUUUUUAUAA